AUGGAUGCGAUUAAUGGGGAAAAGGAACUGGCUAACACUGAACAGAGGAUUAUCAAAAUCAAGUCGGAUAUAGAUCAACUUGAUGAAUUGUUGAAGCGUACAACGAGUGGAUUUAGUGACGUUAAAACUCUCAAUGAGCAAUAUCACAAACUAAUACUUUCAACCAAAGAUUUAUUUCACUUGUCAACUACUCAAAAAGCGAUUGCAGUUGGGUCGCAUAUUCCUGAACUACGAGCACGAGCUCGUACUCUUAACAAUCAAGCUAUCAAUCAAUUAGGACGUUUACAAAGACUAGGCGUUGUUGUUCAACAGCUUGUUCGUAAUGACAAAAAUGCACAUUCAGUCAAUUAUCAAGAAAAGUAUCCAUCAAUGGGUAUCUUCACACUUGAUCAAGAACCACUAGAACAGAAACAAGUUUCUUUAGAAUCAAAAGCAGACAUUCAGCGAGCACAUGAAAUGGAACAAUUAGAAUCUGAUAUAGUUCAAGUCAAUGAACUUUUCACAACACUUGCUACAUAUAUUCAUGAUCAAGGAACAAUAGUUGAUUCAAUUGGAGAUAAUAUAGAAGUAGCUUAUGAACAGGUUCAAAGUGGUGCAGAACAACUGAGCACUGCAACAAAACAUCGUAAAUCCGCAAGACGACGAAAAUGUAUUCUUCUUGGCCUUGUCCUAUUAAUAUUAUUUAUUAUUGCUUUAGCUAUCGGCUUAUCUUUAAAACAAUAAAUCGUGAAUCAUUCUCAUCUCUCUCUCUCACUCUCUUUACACACACUCAUCAACUUGAUCAUUCAUUCAUUCAUUCAUUGAUAUAAAGUUGAAAUGGUUUGUGAACAAAAAAGAAAAUGUGUGUGUUUAAGUAGUAUUGCAACAACAGCGACCACAACCACAAACAAACAAAAUGAAAUCCAAUUGUUUGUGUGAUGAAUAAUUUAUUUUUUAAUUGAUUAAUUAAUUAUUUAAUUAAUUUUACAUUUUAUUAAUUAUUAUUAUUAUUUUUGUGAUAACAUUCAUCAUCAUUCGUGAUCCUCAUCAUCAUUGUGAUUGUGAUUAAAAAUUUAUGGUGAACAAGGGUGUUUAUGAUCGUUGUUGUAUAUUUUUUUUAAUUUGGUUACUUUGCUAAAUAUUGAUGAGAUUGUAUAGUCACAAUAUUCAAUAUUCAAUAUGAAUACUUAACCGAUGAAAAUUACGUUUUUUGUUUGUGUGUGUGUUUUCGUGUGUGUUUAUUUUAUUACUAUGAGUUGUAUUUCAGGUGUUAUUUGCUUAUAUAACCAGAGUAAAUUGUUUAUUUUAUGAA